AUGUCUGCCGCUUGUUUAACGUUGGAGACUGCCAACGUCGGCAGUCCUGCUGGGUAUAAAGCAGCCACCUCCACACACAUCCUCACUGUCAGCCCUCAGUCCACAAGAACAAUGGCUCGCGCUCUUUCACUGGUGUGCCUUCUGGCGGUGGCCUGCCUGGCCCUGCUGUGUGGCUGUGAGGCCUCCUACCCUCUGGCCGUCUCACACGGACACGGGUACUACCCGCACAGCUACCAGUACCCUGGCUACGGGUACCACGGCUCCUCGUCCCACUACGGCUACCCAGGCUGGGGACACCACGGCUAUCCUGGACACGGCUCCCACUACGGUAGCCACUACGGCUACCCUGGAUACGGCUAUGGGUACAGCAACGGAUAUGGCCACGGAUACAGCCAUGGUCACGGCUAUGGCCACGGUCACAGCCACUGGUGA